AUGACAGGUCUUCUGAAACUAGGCUUCCUUACUCUACCACUAUGCUUACUUCCUUUAAUCGCUGUACAAGCUGCUUCUAAUACCGCUCGCAUUCUGAUUUACUCUGCCACUCGAGACUUUCGCCAUGAUUCCAUCCCUACCGCUAUCGACGCCCUGAAGGGGAAGGGCUCCUCUAUUAAUGUGUCUUUUGACAACACGGAAGAUCAAAGCCAGUUCACGGACGAUAAUCUUAAGCAGUAUGAUGCGGUUCUAUUCCUGGAUAAUACGGGAGAAGUUCUGGACGACGAAGGCAAGGCGGCGUUCCAAAGGUACCUGGACCUUGGGGGCAACUUCGUGGGCGUCCACUCUGCGUCGGACUGUUUACGGAAUACGACCUGGUAUGGUCGGGAAAUUGGGGCUUUCUUCGACUAUCACCCUGAACUAACGAACGCCACUAUCAAUGUGAUCGAUGGUUCGCAUCCCAGUACGAGCAUGCUUCCCGCUCAGUGGCACGUCCUGGACGAGAUGUAUAAUUUCAAAUCCGAUCCUCGCGCCGUAGGUGCUGUCGUCGCACUAUCCGCUGACGAAUCGAGCUAUUCAGACCCUGGCCCGCGGAACUAUGACCAGGGAAUGCCUCACCCUACAGCAUGGUACCAGGAGCACGGCGCGGGUGUGCAGAGCAAUGGCACCGCUGGACGGAGCUUCUACACAAGCUUGGGCCACUUGAACGAAACAUGGCGGGAUGAGCUCUUCCUUGCCCACGUCCUGGGGGGGAUCACCUGGACGCUGCAGGCCAAUACGACGCUGGCGUUCAACACGAGCGCCCAGGUCGGGAAUCCCGGUGCAUCGAGCACGUCUUCGUCGGUCUCUAGUGCUCCCACCGCGAGUCAGUCGGGGAAGACGUCGGGUUCACAAGCCCAAUUUGAAUCAUGGUUGAACGGGGGUAUUGUUCUGAGCCUACUUCUCACGAUAUUUUUCCUAUAAUAUGGUCUAUCCGUCUGGCAAUCCUUCUCGUACCCUACAUGCAGUCUAUUGAUUUGCUAAUAGUAUUUGCCAUUCGACAUCUGGAUCAGGCGGUUGACUACAGGAAACCCAAUAGAGCCUC